AAACCAGUCUUACAUAUUCUUUGCGUCUCAUGCACGCGUUCCGCACGAUUCACCGGGUCUUUAAACGCGUUUGAUGUUUUUCGUGUUUAAAAAGUGAUUUAAUUUAUAACAUGAGCAAGUACUUAUUUACGCAAAUUGUUAAAUCCCUAACGGUCUAAUUUCUUAAAUUUGCGAUUGUGCUGUGCAUAAAAAUGCUUUUAAUUCCACUAUUGACGUUCGUAUUCGGUUAUGUCCUGUAUGCAUUAACAAAAUUAAGGCUCCGAUAUUAUAGACGGUAUGGAAUGUUGGAAAAAAUACCUGGUCCACCAAUGGAAAGCAGGAUAUUAGGACACACCUCCCUGAUGAGUCUCACACCUGAAACGCGCCUUGAUUUUGUCAGCCGAUUAUCCAAGGAAUAUGGUGGUAUAUCUCGACUUUGGAUGUUUUGGCUACCGGAGGUCCUGAUAUCUGAUGCUGAUUACGCAGAGGUAUACUUCCAUGCCAAAAGUCUGGAGGAGAAAUCCCAUUUUUAUGCGCAGCUUCACGACUGGCUGGGCAACGGGUUGCUUACAAGUGGAGGUGAGCUAUGGCACGAGCGGCGGAAACUGAUCACCCCGGCGUUUCAUUUCAACGUCCUGAAUGCUCUCUGCGACACUUUAGUACAGAAUGCAGUCGUUCUCAUUCGGAAACUGCGCGAGCAUCCGAAAGACACGCCGGUCAACGUGACAACGUUGAUGCAUCUAGUCGCUCUGGAUAACAUUUGCGAAUCUGCAAUGGGGAUCAAAAUCGACGCCUUAAACAACCCAAAACUGGAGUACAUUCAGGCAGUAGAAGACGCUGGCGUCAUAACUAUUCUUAGAGGACUCCGACCUUGGUACUGGGGCAGGUUAUUCUACUACUUACCUCUAGGUCAAAAAUAUAGGAGGAGUUUGGACAUAAUUUUUGAACUUGCUCAAACGGCUAUCCAAAAUAGCAGAAAUAAGAGAUCUUUACAGCAGAAAGCGACCGACGUUGUGAACGAAAGUAAAGAGAAAAAGAGAUUGGCAUUCCUUGAUAUUUUGCUGGAAGCUUGUGAUUCAACGACCAAUCCAUUAUCAGAUGAGGGUCUCAGGGAAGAGGUGAACACCUUCAUGUUUGGCGGGCACGAGACAACGGCAGUGUCAAUGGGUUUCACCCUGUUUCUUUUGGGAAAUCAUCCCGACAUUCAGGAAAAAUGCUAUGAGGAGCUUGAUGAUAUUUUCCAAGGAUCCGAUAGGAAAGCGACGGUGGAUGAUCUGCGAUCAAUGAAGUAUUUGGAACAGGUCAUCAAGGAAAGCUUGCGACUAUUUCCCAGCGCGCCUAUGAUCUCGAGAAAAGCAAAAGCGGAUACUAAAUUUGGAGAUUACGUUGUACCGGAGGGCACAUUGGUAACUUUCAGCAUUUACGCGCUGCAUAGAAAUCCGAAAUACUUCUCAAAUCCCGAGAAGUUUGAUCCUGACCGAUUUAGCCCGGAAAACAUUAAAGGCCGACAUCAUUAUGCUUACACGCCUUUUGCUGCUGGAUCCAGAAAUUGUAUAGGUCAAAAAUUUGCCAUGAUGGAGGAAAAAGUGGUGUUGUCCUCCAUUUUGCGAAAUUUUGUUUUGGAGUCUAUUCAACGCGAGGAUGAGUUAAAAUUGCAAUUUGAUUUAGUUCAACGGCCACUAAAACCUAUUGAAAUUAAAUUUAAACCCAGAAAUACUGUCUGAAAUGAAUAAAUUCGUGUGAACAAAUAAA